UUUCUACGUUUUUAUUCAAAAUUCCUCGUUUCAUUUCGAGCUAAAAUAUCUAUAUUUGUGCUACUCUUCAUCUCAUAUAUUUUAGCAUAUUUUGGAAUUAAUCAAAUGGAGACGAGUUUUAUACCAGAAAGGACAUUUCCUGGCGACUCUCCACUUCAGGAUACAAUCAAAAUAUUUAAUAGAAUUAUGAAAUAUCAUUCUCCAAUUUCUUUUUUUGUCUUUCACCCUCCAAAUAUUUCUGAUCCUGUAGAAGUAAACAAUUUCAACAAAAUGAUUAAUAUUAUACAGAAUUUGCCAAAUACUUUGCAUGUUCAAAUAUGGCUUAAUGGCUAUCUGGAAGUAAGUGAGAGGGAUAAGAAAGGAGAGGAGGAGAUGAGGAGGUAGGGAUGCAGGGAGGGAGUGUGAUAG